UCAACUGGCUGCGCCGAAGCCGCGCUAGACCAAUCAACGUGAGGAAGGAAGCUCGGCUGAUCAUGGGCUCAUACCUCUCGGUAGAAAAGGGUGUUGGGUCUUGGGUUGAAGUUCGCUGGUUGCAGUUUGCUAACAAGCUGAAGGCGGCUGCAAGAGUUCCUAAACCGGGGCAAGGACACCAACUCCACUCUAAUAUUUCCCUGCUGCAACACUGAAACUCUGUGUAUUAGCAGCUCUUCCCUAUCCCACCACUGCCAACUACUACGAGAUACCAUCUACUCUGAGUUUCUGAAGAAGAGUUGAUUGCAAACAAGAGUAUAGUUUGAGCCAUAAUGGAACAAGCAGUCGGUGGUGAGUCAAAGAGAGGCCAGGUCACAGGGAAACAUCUGGCAAAAGACAUUUCCAAAGCUAAGAAGUGCACGGUGAUUGGAGGCUCUGGGUUCCUGGGGCAGCACAUGGUGGAGCAGUUGCUGAAACGAGGCUAUGCUGUCAAUGUAUUUGAUAUUCGCCAAGGGUUUGAUAAUCCCCAGGUGCGGUUCUUUAUAGGCGAUCUCUGCAGCCAACAGGACCUGUACCCAGCUCUGAAAGGUGUAAGCACAGUUUUCCACUGUGCAUCACCACCGCCAUCCAGUAACAACAAGGAACUCUUUUAUAGAGUGAAUUUCAUUGGCACCAAGAAUGUCAUUGAAACCUGCAAAAAGGCCGGGGUUCAGAAACUCAUUUUAACCAGCAGUGCCAGUGUCGUCUUUGAGGGUGUUGACAUAAAAAAUGGAACUGAAGACCUCCCUUAUGCCAUGAAGCCCAUUGACUACUACACAGAGACCAAGAUCUUGCAGGAGAAAGAAGUAUUGGAUGCCAACAACCCUGAGAAGAAUUUCUUAACCACAGCCAUUCGUCCUCAUGGCAUUUUUGGUCCAAGGGACCCACAGUUAGUCCCCAUCCUAAUUGAUGCAGCUAGAAAAGGCAAAAUGAAGUUCAUGAUUGGAAAUGGGGAGAACCUGGUGGACUUCACCUUUGUGGAGAAUGUGGUCCAUGGACAUAUCUUGGCAGCUGAGCACUUAUCCCAAGAUGCAGCUCUGGGUGGGAAGGCAUUUCACAUUACCAAUGAUGAGCCAAUCCCUUUCUGGACGUUCCUGUCCCGCAUGCUGACAGGCCUCAAUUAUGAGGCCCCCAAGUACCACAUCCCAUACUGGGUGGCCUACUACCUUGCUUUCCUGCUCUCUCUGGUGGUGAUGGUGGUCAGUCCUCUCAUCCAAAUUCAGCCAACUUUUACACCAAUGCGUGUGGCACUGGCUGGUACAUUCCACUACUACAGUUGUGAGAAAGCCAAAAAGCUCAUUGGGUACCGGCCACUGGUCACCAUGGAUGACGCCGUGGAAAGGACAGUGCAGAGUUUCCACCACCUGCGGAAGGGCAAGUGAUGUGCCCAAAUGCCCACAUCAAUAAUUUUUUCUUCUCUCUUCUAAUAUGUCAGUAUCCUUACGUGAGUUUCUUCUGAGCUAUGUUCCCCUUGCUGGUUAAAUGGUAACAUACCCGAGUCCCUCCAUGAGGAGGUAACAACAGGAGACAUUUCUUGCAGGAUAGUAUUGGCCUUAGAGCAGGCAGACACUGCUUUGGUCUUUCUUCCUUCCCCCCACAUCUCUCUCAUAAAGACAGCCCUGAGUAUACCAACAUUAAAUUGAAAACCACAAGAUUUUGUUCACAUUCUUAAAAAUGGAAGCAAAAUCAGAAAUUGUAAACACAAAGUAAGACCUCAGACAUGCAGUUCUUAUGACUUAUGA